GUAUCAAUGGAUUGAUAUGCUUGGAGUCCGAUAAUGACUCUGAAAAUGGUUCUAUGAAUGAAACGUGGAAGCAGAAUGAAACAAUGUUGAAUUCCAUAGAAUUGACAAUUCCCCUUGUUGCAAAGGAUUCCAAUUUGAGCUCUAGAUAUAUCGAGUCCAGAUUGCCAUCUGAUGCCUUUAGGGAAGUUACACAAGAAAUUUUAACGGGGAAUGUUCAUGUAGCGCAAGUGUUCGGGUAUAGUUUUUCACAUCCAAAUUCAUCUGAAGAUGAUAUUGUUCAGUUGCUUUCUGAGUCAUUUAAGGACUUCAAGCUUUUGGUGGUUGGUGUUAACUUCCUCACUAUUGAAGUGCUCUUUGCCAUUGCUUACUAUCACAAGGUACCUUAUUGUCCGGAGCAAGAAAUUGACAGGCUGGAGCUGAUAGAUAAUGUCUUGAGACCGAAAGGUAAAUGUAAAGAUAAUGCAUAUAAGAAAAGGAACAUGGAUGAAGCAAUAGGAAAAAGGAGGAUAUCUAAGGAAGAAAGAGUCCGUUUAAAGGAAGAAAAAAAACAACAGAAGGAACAAGAAAAGUUGCAAAAAGAAGUUCUGAGGGCUGAAGCUGUGGAGAUGAAAAAACUACAAAAAGAAAGGCAAAAGUGGGAAAAGGGGAAGUUUGCUUUAAAAUCAAUUGUGGCUGAAAUUGACCCUAAAAUAGUUGAACUGGGUUCAGUUGGAGGCACGGCCUUUCUAUACACUGCCUAUAUUUAUUUCUGCAAUUCAAUAUCCAUUUCUGAUGUGCUCAAGUUGUCUUGUAUCUAUGUUCAUCCUUCUUGGAUUGUAAACUUCAGUCGUGAGGAACAGAUGAGGAUGUUGGGGGAAGGUUUUAGCAAAUUGGGUACAUUGCUCGCGAAGUUGAAGACGAUGAAAAGAGGGAUAGAGGAACGUGGCAAAAAUAUAGGUAUGAGUGUACACAAGUUAGGUGGAAAUAAGGAUAACAAUAGAAAAGAUAUGACUAUUGGGAAUGUGCUAAAACAGACUGUUAAUGACGUUUAA